GUACUCCAUCUUGUGCCGUCUAUCUUCAUGAAUCAGGUUGUUGAGCGUGCAUUUCAAGACAACUUUCUCUAUGUCCAGAACCUCAUUCAGAGUCUGCACAGGGCCAAGAAAGGUGCAAUCUUCCUGAAGUUGGACAUUGCCAAGGCUUUCGACUUCGUCAAAUGGGAUUGCCUACUUGAGGUGGGUUUUGGUCAGAGAUGCCACGAUUUAAUUGCAAUAUCGCUUUCCUCCACUUCCUCCCAGGUAAUUCAGAAUGGCGCACCUGGGCUGCUGCUGUUCUACCACCGACGACGCUUGCAACAAGGCGACCCUCUCUCUCAAUUCCUGUUCUUGCUUGCCAUUGAACCUCUACAGCGCAUCUUCGCGGGCGUCAUUGAAGCUGGUAUCUUCAAGCCUAUCGUGCACAUAUUGGCCUCCAUCGGAGUAAGCCUAUAUGCCGAUGCUGCCGCUCUUUUCUUAAACCCUUACAAACGGGAGAUGAAGGCCAUCCAAUUAAUACUUUCGGCAUGUGGGUCUCGGCUUUUCACCAACUUAAACAAGUCCUCGGCCUUCCCCAUUUGCUGUGAUGAUCAGCUGAUCACUGAGGUGCUCUUAGAGUUUGCUAAAACCAUUGAUUCCUUGCCCUGUAAAUACCUUGGGCUUCCCCUUAGCCUUCGCAAGCUCAGGCGUGCUGAUUUCAAAUAUUGAUCGAUAAGAUUGCUGCAAAGCUGGCAGGAUGAGCUUAUGCAACGCUGAUAAACUCGGUUCUUACAUCUAUAACCAUCUACUUUUUGAAGUUCGCUCGCUCCCAGCAAAUGGAUAAUCAAAAGGAUUGAUAAGCUAAGGAGAAGCUUUAUAUGGAAAGGUGGCGAUGAGGAGGCUAAGGGAACUAU